AGAAAUGGAUUCUCUACUUUCUUCUUUCGAUCAGAUAUACCAUGAUGUGAAGACUGGAAUCAACCACAUCCAAUCGCUGCAAUCCAACUGUGAUGCCCAAGUCAAGAAGCGAGAGGCUCUUCUAGUCACUGCCUGCAGCCUCAAAGCUGGUCAUUCCCUCUAUCUUCCAACUCCCAUUUCUGCUCACUCGCUUUGGCUCCGAAGAAUGGAAAUGUAACUGUUAAUGUCGUGCCAAACUCCUGUGCUUGUUUUCGUUUUUUUCUCCAUUAAGCGAGCAUAUUCUGAUCCUAUUGGAAAUUCUGCUUUCUCGUCGUAUUUAUCUCUGAAAGAAUAAAAUGAAAAGGAGAAUAGGGUGAAGAACAUCGGACAGGCCUGAUUUUGUCAAGAUAUUGGGAAAAAGUUGUCUUUGUUCCUUAGAUUGUCCCUUCUAAGGUCCCAGAUCAUUGGGAAGCUGCAAAUUUAGAGGUUUUGAUUUCCUUUUUCAAGUUUUUUACUUUUUAAGGUCUGCAUCUCUUCAGUGGUUGAAAGAGCCUGCUUGCAUCUGUUCAUAUAUCUGAAACUUUGCUUCAUGUUGAGUUCUAUUUUAUCAUUUAUUUGGGACACAAUAUAGCAUUGGAAUAUCAUAGUUGUGUAAUAAUAUUUUUUUUUCAUUUUAUUAGAUUCGUAGGUCUAAUACUAGAACUAUCAUAGUGACCUCUGAGUGCCAUGUUGAUUUCGUUUUAAGUUCUAUUUCAUCAUUCACUGGGACACAUUGUGGCAUUGUAAUAUAUUUUGCAAUUCAAACAUCAUAGUCGUGUAUUCGUUUUAUUUGAUUCAUAGGUCUAAUAUUAAACUAGCAUGGUGGACCUCUGAGUGCCAUGUGGAGUAAAGUAGCUAAUGGAUGGAGUAUUAUUACUAUUUUAUUUAGUUUCUGGUAUGUAUUUAGUGCCAUGUGGAGUAAAGUAGUGUUGGCAAUGAAGCACCCAAUGACACCGUUUCUCACUUAAAGACCUGGGCAGGAGGGUCAACUGCAACAGUGCCAUGUGGCACUGGAGGGCAGCUCGGCAACCGCCCGGGCGUGCUUCAUCUCGAUUGUGCCCCUUGUCUCGUCCUUUUGCAAUCUGGACCAUCGAUGCUGCCUUUUAUCUGGUGCAAUCUGAGCCUUUCAAAUGCAUCGUGCGACCUCUAUUUAUUUACUGUGCACCGGGAUAUGUAUUGUGACAGACGAGAGAGAGAGAGAGAGUGUUGUCGUUAGGGCUUGAGGGGGUCUUUCUCAUUCCAUGAAUCAGACUCUCUUCGGCUCCUUCUGGUUUUCUCUCUGGUUCGAAUAGGGUAAGCCUCUGAUCUAUUUCUUGUUAUGAUUUUGAGGCAUUUUUGAUAGAGAAAUUGUCUUUGUAAAUACGAGUGAUUGUGAGGCUUGUAUACAGUGUGUUUGUAAACCCUAUUUUUAACUCCGAUAGUGCAGUGAGCUUUCCGUUACCGGAGCUCAACGUGGACGUAGCCCUUUUGGGUGAACCACGGUAAAUCUCUCGUGUUCAUUCUGCUUUCCAUUUUUAUUCAUACUUGUUUGUGGUGUAUGUUGAUUUUCGAUUUCGACUUUGUUGUAUGUUAGAAAGGGUUUUAUAUAAGAGAUUCAGAUUGUGUGUAUGUUUGGGUUGCCUUCUGUUUGCGCAACAAGUGGUAUCAGAGCCUUUUUUCUUUUGAUACGCAAUGUGUGAGUCCUUGAUUAUUUUCUAAUUCAUUCAGAGUCAAGUUAGAGUUGCUAGUCGCCUGGUUAAUCCUUUUUUUUAGCCUCUAGGGUUUUCUGAAAAGUCACGAUCAGUAGGUGUUUACUGUGUGUCUUUGUCAGUGUCUAGGGUUUCAUUAGGAUACCUUCGUGCAAGGCGAAGAUGACAACAACCCGAUUUGAAAUCGGAACAUUUGAUGGAAAGGGGGAUUUCGGGAGUUGGAAAAAGAAGAUGAGAGUAUUACUCUCUCAUCACAAAGUGCUAAUUGCACUUGAAUCGGAUGACAGAAAAUGGUCCACUGAGCAAUUAGCCAGGAUUGAUGAGAUAAGGGAGGAGGCUUUCAACCUGAUAUUUCUCCAUUUGGGGGAUGUUGUUAUCAGAAAGGUAGACGGUAUGACUAACCCCCUUGACCUAUGGAAUAAACUUGAAUCUUUGCAUGCUGUUGUCUUUGCUCCUAACUUAGUUUAUUUGAAAGGUAUGUUAUUCAAUUUUAAAAUGAAUGCAUCGAAAUCUAUAAUAAUAUAGAUGAAUUUACUAAACUUACAGUAAUGUUAAAAGGGACUGACCAAGCCUUAGGUGAUACUAGUGAGGCAAUGAUAUUAUUAAAUUCAUUACCUGAUGAUUACAAUGUGGUUAAACAUGCUUUACAGUACACUGGUAUUGUGCCUACAUUAGAACUUGUAAUUUUUGGUAUCAAGGCUAGGGAAUUAGAACUUCACACCUCUAAAAAAUCCGGUAACAACUUAUUUGUAAAGGGAAAGUUUGAAAAGGGUCAAGGUAGCUUUAACCAAAAUCAAAAUGGGGGUACCGGACAUAUGGGAAAACAAAAUGGGAAGAAGGGAAAACAAAAACAAUCUAAAUGGAAAUGCUACCACUGUGGAAAAGAGGGUCAUAUCAAAAAAUACUGUUAUGAUUUCAUUAAGAAACAGAAACAAGGUGGGAAUGUGACAGUAGCUACCAGUAACUCAAAUGCCUUGGCUGAAAUUUUAAAUAUCUCCUCUACAUCUACUGUAAAUGAAUGGAUUAUGGAUUCUAGAUGCUCCUUUCACACGUGUCCAAAUAUAGAUUGGUUUCAAAACUUUAGCCCUAAAGAAACUGGCACUGUUUUUAUGGGAAAUAAUCAUUCAUGCAAAAUUAAAGGUAUAGGUGACAUCUCUCUGAAACUAUAUGAUAACAAAAUUAGAAUAUUAACUGAUGCGAGAUAUGUACCUGGACUAAAACGAAACUUGAUUUCUCUUGGCACCUUAGAUGAAUUGGGGUUUUCAUAUAAAGCUGAAAAUGGUUUUCUGCAUGUACUUAAGAAUGAUGAUCUUAUUCUCUCUGGUACAAAGAAACAUGGUUUAUAUGUGUUGAAUGGUUACUGCCAUAUUCCAUCUGCAUGCAUGGUUAAAUCUGAUAGAACAGAUUUGUGGCUCUUGAGACUUGGCCAUAUAAGCCAGAAAGGACUACAGACACUGUCCAACCAAGGGUACUUUGGUCCAGUGUCUGCAGAUGCCUUAGGCUUCUGUGAGCCAUGUACCCUAGGCAAGCAACACAGGCUGAGCUUCCCAACGGGAACUCACCUGGCGAAGGUAUGUCUAGAGUAUUUGCACGCAGACCUUUGGGGCCCCUCCCAAGUUCCUUCACAUGGCGGUAACAGGUACUUCUUGUCCAUAAUUGAUGAUUUUUCUAGGAAGGUAUGGAUAUUUUUAAUGAAAUAUAAGGAUCAAACUCUAGAAAAAUUUAGAUCAUGGAAAAUUUUGAUUGAAAAUCAAAACUCUAAGAACUGA